CCUAAAAAUGUUUUUAAAUUCAUUGAUAAAAAGAUGGAAUUAUCGGAUAUUGCUUACAAAAUGGGACUGCAAAAGCUGCGUACGCUUAAAAAGUUCAGCAGAACCAAAAACCAAGACCUAUUCUCAUACGGUAUUGACUCCUAAAACAAAAUUUCCUGUGCGUUCGACUGCCGUAGUAAAAGAUGAAAUUCAAAAGAGUGCACAAUUUUCGGAAUUAUAUUCAUGGCAGAGGGAAAACUUGAAAGGAUCCGAAUUUGUGCUACAUGACGGGCCGCCUUACGCUAAUGGUGAUUUACAUAUGGGACAUGCUGUGAACAAGAUAAUUAAAGAUAUAAAUAAUCGCAGUCAGAUAUUACAAGGAAACAAGGUACAUUAUACGCCGGGUUGGGACUGUCAUGGACUUCCGAUAGAACUUAAAGCAUUACAAAAAUCCAAGAAAUCAUCAACCGGUACUGAUCCUAUUGCCAUACGUACUAUGGCAAGGAGCUUUGCCCUAGAAACCGUUGAAAAACAAAAGCAAGCAUUUAUUAGUUGGGGUAUCAUGGCUGACUGGGAGAAUCACAGUUAUUUAACUCUAAAAAAUAAUUAUGUGAAGAAUCAAUUGCAUUUGUUUCAUAAAAUGUAUGAGAAGGGCUAUAUAUUUCGUGCAUUAAAGCCAGUUUAUUGGAGCCCUUCCUCUAGAACAGCUCUAGCGGAAGCGGAACUGGAAUACGAUCCGCAGUACCGAAGCACAGAAGUUUAUGUCGCGUUUCCCAUAGAGAAGGCACCUGGUUGUGUUAGUGACUAUGUGAACGGUAUGCCUUUAUCUGCAAUUAUUUGGACGACGACACCUUGGACCCUGCCCGCCAAUCGAGCGAUCUGCUACAACCCUCAAAUGAUGUACAGCAUCGUGACAUUGUCCAACCGACCUGGUCAAUUUUUAGUGGCCACCAGCCUUAUUGGCAGCUUGGAACAAAUAUUAAGUGUUGAAAUUAAGAAGAUCAUAGAGUUUGAUGGUGCCCAAUUAGAAGGCACGUCGUAUAGGCACGCUCUGGUGAAUGAGGUCUUGCCGUUCCUCCCCGGAGACCACGUCACGGCCGGUAAGGGAACAGGCCUGGUGCACACUGCCCCAGCCCACGGACCAGAUGACUUCCUCGUGGCGUUGCGGAAUAACAUGCGUGUCGAAUGCAAAGUGGACGAAGCUGGUCGUUACAUUAACCUGGAUCCUCAACUCGACGGGCUCCACGUCCUAAGUGAAGGACAGGAGGAAGUGGUCAAGCGUCUUGGGUCUUCAGUUAUACACCGCGGGGUGUAUAUCCACUCGUAUCCUCUGGACUGGAGGACGAAGAAACCGAUCAUCAUCAGGGCCAGCGAACAAUGGUUCAUUGAUACGGCGAAACUUAAGGAGCCGGCUUUGAGAGCCUUAGAUAGCGUAGAUAUUCUACCGCCAUCCAGCAGCGCUCAAUCUCGCCAGGGCUUCAAGGCUCAGUUGGAGAAGAGGCCGUACUGGUGUAUAUCCAGACAGAGGGCUUGGGGCGUGCCGAUUCCGGCUUUCUAUGCGGACGGUGACGUCAUUGUUGAUAUUGGUGUCAUAGAUAAGCUGUGCGCUCUAAUAGACAAGGAAGGAACUGAUACAUGGUGGACUUGUGACGUGAAGAGUCUCCUACCCGACGAACUACUUAAAUCGUUAAGUGACCGACAAAUAGAAAAAGGAAAGGAUAUAAUGGAUAUAUGGCUGGACUCGGGGCUGUCUUGGAGCACCCUGGACGGCAGAACGGCUGACCUGUACUGCGAGGGGGUCGACCAGCUCACCGGCUGGUUCCAAGCCUCGCUGCUGACGUCACUGGCCUUGAAUGAGAAACCUCCAUAUAAAUCUAUUUUCGUCCACGGCUUCGUUGUCGACGAGAACAAACGUAAGAUGUCGAAAUCCGUUGGUAACGUGAUCGAUCCGGACGCAAUAAUCAACGGGAGCAAGGGAAAAAAUCAAUCGGCCUACGGUGUUGAUACGUUGAGGUGGUGGGUAGCUAGUCAUUCUACGCAGCACUCACACAUAAUCAUAAGCAGGAAUCUUCUAGACGACUGUCGAUCCGAAGUGAUAAGGAUACGUAACAUUUUAAAGUACUUAUUGGGCGUGAUAAGUGAUUUGGAUAAAACCGAUUUUAAUCGGGAACCGAAUCUGAAUUACUUCGAUGGGUACAUGCGGAAGGAAACUGAUGAGUUUUUGAAGCGAAUCGAGGAUCAUUACAAUAACUAUAGGUACAAUAAUGUGGCCCAAGCGAUACUGAAUUUCGUUAGCAGCAAAGUGUCCGCAUUGUAUUGUCAUUGCGUCAAAGAUAGAUUGUACUGUGCGCGCAGAGGUUCGGACGAGCGCCUGUCUGCCCAGUUGGUCGUGCACGCGAUUCUGGUCUCUCUGUCCAAAGCCAUAGCGCCUAUAUUACCGCACUUAAUCGAGGAAGCGUGGCGCUACCAUCCUCUGUACGAGAAACCGUUCUUCAUGACCCCCGAUAUACCGGUGCUGCCCGUUAAACCGAUAGAAACGCAUUUAAUGAACUCGAUUUUAGAGAUAAAACGCGAAAUAUGCGUUAUAACGAAGAACGAAGAUCUGAAAAGAUUUUGCGCUAAUAUCAAAUUGAGUAAUGAUUUGUUCGGCGAAUUAAAUCCGCUGAAUCGAUCCGAUAGUGACAGUGACAGCGUGCUGUGCGAGAUUCUAGAACUGUCAUCUGUCAAACUUCACCCGUCAAGUGACAUCAGAUUGUUCGAAGUUGAACUGUCACAGAGCAGCCACGAUCAGUGCCUAAGGUGUCGAAAGUAUACAGCCACCGUAAAUAGUGAUAAAUGUACGAGAUGUGAAAACGUGUUGGAUUUGCUUUAGUUUAGUCCGUGGGCUUUUUUUUUAUAGCAUCUAGUAUUA